AUGUCUACAGUCUCAACCCAUGUGACAUCCUCUCCAAAGAUGAGUCGUCGUACUCAUGCCCUUCAUAAUAAUAAUCACACUGUUAGUCGUUCACCAACAAUAGGAUCACCAUUAACUACCAAUAAUCAUAAACCACCUAUACUGUCACCUCCAAAUGGACAACAACAACAACUGAAAAUACCCGAGAUAGAUCCUUUCUUGGCUAAAUAUGUUAGAUCUACAAAUGUCACAUCUAUAUUAAAUAAUAAUCAAUUAUACUUUAAUUCAAUUGAUAAGCAACGUAAAAUUCGUCUGAUGGAAAUUUAUCAAAAAUACUUACAACCACCAAAUACAACAACUAAAAGUCAUAUACUGUAUAAUAACAAUAACAAACAUUUCAAUUAUAAAGAAUUUAAACAAUAUGUUCAGAAAUUAAAAACAACUCCAACUAUAACUGCAAUAAAAGUAUCACCAGAAUCUAUCAAGGUAAUAGAAAAACCCUCAUCAGUAUCACCUUCACCAAUAAUAAAAAAGCAACAUAUUCAAAUACCCAUAGUUGAAGAAGAACCAAUAAUACCAACCAUCUCCGAAAAAACUCUCCCCCGAGAAUUUAUGGAUUGUUCAAUCGAUGAUAUAAUAAGUCUAAUAUCAAGAAUGUUACAUUCAUUAAUCACCCUCAAUGACAAAUCAGUGCCCCGAUCAAUAUCUAAUCCACCUCCAAACACGACCGCAUCUCCAACAACCGCCCCAACAAAUAGUUUACUUACAAGAUAUCAUUCAAGAACACCACCUUCAAUUUCAACACAUACUUAUUUAACUCGUCUUACCAAAUUCAACAAUUUCAAUCCAGCAACCUUAUUAACCACAAUCUAUUAUAUCGAUCUUCUUUCUCAUCAAUAUCAACCUUAUUUCACCUUGAAUUCUUGGACAGUACAUCGUUUCUUAUUAGUUGCGACCAUGUUGGCCCAAAAAUCAAUGGAAGAUUUCUUUUAUACCAAUGAUCAUUAUGCAAAAGUCGGUGGGGUUGCCUUGCAUGAAUUGAAUUGUUUGGAGUUGGAUUUCUUGAAUAGAGUGGAUUGGAGAACUAUGCCAGGAAAACAAAAACAAGAGAGAUCAACCAGGAGUAAUAAUAAUAUUGAUGAGGAAGUAUUUUGUGGGAUCAGGUAUGCCAAAGAUGUCCUUGAUUUAUAUUAUUCACAAUUGAUUGAAUUGAUGGGGAAGAAUACCGUGAAUGAUUCUACUGAAUCGAAACUCACUCAUUUUGUCAAGAGUGUUCCUAUAAUCGAAGACGACGAAGAAGAUGAAGAUGACGAUGACGAUGAAGAUAUAGAUGAUUAUUACGAUAGUGAAGACGAUGAGGACGAUGUGGAUAUAAUCGACGACGAUGAAGAAGAAGAAGGUGGGGAUGACGAAGAUAUGGAAGAAUUAGCCCCGGUGGCAUUUCAUCAUGAUAUCGCAGCACAUAAAUAUGACUCAAAUGGAUUUGGAGUAGAUGGAAGUUCUUCACCUCACCUAAAAAGAAGACGUGGCACUGAUGAGUGA